AUGACAACAGCGGAUAUCCUUUCGUUGACCUCUGGUCGUCGGAUCCGCUCACCUUUAACGUUGGAGGUGUAUGUGACGUACUGCCGGAUGAUGAUCAAUGUUUCAAGUGAGUUUAAACCAUACCCUAUUUCAAUUUGGGCGAAUCUGCCGGCUGACUCCAGUAGACUUUUUAGUUAUUACAAGAAUAUCGCAGCUGUGUUGUAUCCUGUAUUUUCGGAUGUUGAUCAAUUCGAGAGCGACAUGAAGCAAUUAUUGGAGGGCCGACAACGAGCAGGUGGAGUCUAUGAGCCGGACAGCAAUGGCAUGCUGAAACCAUUCGGAAUGAGCAUCGGCUUUUUGAGCCUCUGUUUCGCAGUUCUUGCCUCCGGGUGUCAACUUUCUGAUUUACCGGGAAUCCAACGUGAGAUGACUUCUUGGAUAUAUGUUUCCUGUUCGUACCAGUGCCUACGCAUGCUGAAUUAUGUGUCGCAGCCGUCGGUGGAAGUCAUCCAGGUUCUGUUAAUCAUUAGCAGUGUUCUAUCCUACAACAUGAAUGCUGGAGCAUCUUACACAUUGCUCGGGAUGACGGAACGUCUUUGCAUGGUUCUUGGACUGCACGCAGAGGCGCCUGGUUACCCACCGGUUCUGCAAGAAGCUCGGAGAAGGGUUUGGUGGGCCAUGGCAUUUCAGAACAGUCAUUUUUCCCUGGCCUAUGAUCGGCCCUCAAUCACCAUGAUCAGCCAGCCAGAUAUUCCCUACCACCGGAAAUCAAUGCCUGGGCAUCGGUCAUACUUCGAGACCCUGUCUCGCAUUCUUGGCGUCGUCCUUGAGACUCUCCGUGUUUUGAUGGAGGAGAAGCACUCGCACCUUCACCCAAGAGAAAUUUUCGUGUAUGUGAAACGAAUACACAGCAUACUUGCGGAGGCAGCGCCACACCUGCGCUUCAGAGAGCGUUGCAUCAGCUUAGCGGACAGCAUCGAAUGGGCGGAGCUGAAGCUGCACUCUUCGUAUUAUAUCUCGCUUCUAUGCCGAGUAUCUUUGGAUCCGGACGCAUCGAUCACCGAACAAGAACGUGAGAACUUACGGCAUGAGUGUUUGGCGAAUCUAGUGAACCUAAUCGAAGCCUUUAUUGAGUUGCACAUGAUCAGCCCGUAUGCAUCGCGCACCUGGAUCAGUGUUCAGCGAACCAUCGCAUCGGCCUUUCUCCUUAUCGCAAAUACAAACGACAAGGUUUGGCCAGGAUCUCGAGACCUGUUCCGGCGACUUGAAAGGGUCCUUGCGGAUCACGUAUAUUCAGACGGGACUGUGAACCCGACCACGAGGACAGAUACGGCGAAGCAUCUUUCUUCAUCAUUGGAAGCGCUCCGGGCAGUCAAUUCUGCGUUUGGUUCGGGAAAGAACCAGCGGAACGAACAGGGGACACCCUUGAAUGGGGAAAGCGCGACGCCGAGCGUUCCGCCAGACACCCCAUUCCUGCCAUCGCCCGCAUUCGCCAACCUUGCAGCCUCAAUGCCGCCCUACGGAGGAGCAUACGGCGUGCCUUUGAAAGACGGACAUCUGGACAAUAUUCUGAACCAAGUGUCGGACGUAAUGCUGUUUCCUAGUAUGAACAUAGGAAAUUCAUGA